AUGAGCCAAGACAAUCACAGCUUCCAAGAGAACUUGUAAUGAUUAAUUCAGGGAAAACCUCCAAACCCAAAUUCGAGAAUGUGAACAAGCCUUUAAAUUCGCAGAAGCGGAACAAUUAAAGCAACAAAUGAUAAGGCUUACCAAUAAUGAAAGUGCAAGCCGAAUCCAGAACACCAAGACAAGCCACGAAGCUGAGCAAAUGGAAAUCGAAGACAACCAUUUGAUGGAAUUCCAAAAUAUUAACAAUGCAUGGGAAGCCAGAAUAAAAGAGCAAAGGGACUAUGCAGAUCAAGAAAUUAAUUCAAUGAUGAGUAAGCAUGAAAGAGAUAAAGUUCAAGAAGAAGCCAAGCUAGAAAGCUUGAUUCCUUUGAAACCAAAGUAUUCAAGUGAGCUAUUAAAUAUGAUUAAAAUUGAAGAAGGGCUUGUCAGACAAAAAUCAUAUGGAGAAGCUCAUAGCGUGCAGCAAAGAAUAUCAAUGCUAAUGAUGAGGGAAAAUGAAAAUUGGGAAAAAGAAAGAAAAAGGAAAAUAAAGCAGCACAUUACUCAUUUGGAAAAUAAGCAGGCAAUUGAGCUGCAAGCUCUGAGAACUAGGCUAAGAUGUGCUGAAGAUGAGCUUAAUAAGAGUAGAAUUGUUGAAUUAGAAACUUUGCUGCAGAAGUACCAUAAUAUUAAAAAAGAUCUCCAUAAUUACCAAGUUCAAGAAAUCAAUCGAUUGAAAGCAACUAAAACUUUAAUUUAA